GGUGUUGGUGGGCGUCCUCGUGGUGUGACGGGGUAGGAGAGUGAGAGGGAGAGAGAGAGUGAGGGAAAGAGAGAGAGAGAGCUCGAAACAGAGAGGGAUCGUAUGUGUGUGUGCGUGUGAGAGAGAGAGAGCGCGAGGGAGAGAGAGAGAGAGAGUGAGGGGCGGGCGUGUCUUGGAGAGCAUCUGGCAGGUCAGGAGCGCCGCCCCCUUGGCUGGCUGGGUGGCUGGUGGAGGCUGGCCGAAGUGACGUCACGGUGCCCGCGCAGGGGCCAGCCAUAUCGCGCCGGACACUGUGGCGCGACUGGCAGCAGCAGCCGCCGCCACCUCCACGCUCGCACACCCAACUCGCUCAUUUUCAUAUUCGAUUUGUGCCGCGUGUGUUUAAACUGGUCCCGCGCCCCCAUCACUCAGACCACGGUGGCCAGUCUUCAACACCGCCCGGAUCCGCUCUCUCUUUCUCUCUCCCACGUGGUGGUGACCCUCCAACAACAUCAACAACAACAACAACAACAAACCCUCUCCAACGCUCCUCCAGCACUAGUACUACUACUACUACUACUACCACUACUACUACUCUCCUCCUCCGCCGCUGGUGGUGCUACUGCCCCCAAGUAGUGGUAGCAGCAGCAGCAGCUCCUCCGUCAGUAGCGGAGCGGCCUCGAUCUCCUCCUCCUCCUCCUCCGCCUGUGGUGGUCUCCGCGCGGGUUGGAGAGCAGUGGCCGACGGGUCCCUUCCACGGUCUGGCGGAUGUGACCAUGUUGUCAGCGAUGGAGACGGCAGUCAAGUGCGAGGUGGACCUACCACUUAAUCUUAAAACUCAUUUUGAUCCUCGCGGUGCACUUGUAAGUCCGGAGCCCCCUCCGGCGUCCUUCGGCUCUUCCCCACAGCCCCAGUCGCCGCCCCUGUCGCAGGUGCCGGAGCACCUGCUGAUGGCCGUCAACAGCAUCACCAGCGUCGCCUCUGGUCUGGCGGCCACUUCAAACAUCGUCAACAACACCAGCACCACCAACACUCCACCCUCCACCACCACCGUGAAUGGUGGAGGUGGAGGCGGGGGCAGCUGCGGAGGUAUGUCUAGCCCCCACGGGGAGGCCCCGACGCCCCCAGCCCACUCCGCCCACACCGUCACAAGUUGCGGGGGUCAUAUGGGCUGUCACAACGCUGGGGUGACUUGUAACGCCACUCACACCCCUUGUAAUGUCAGUCACGCCCCCUGCAGCGCCGGGCAUCACACCCCGACGCCCGCCCCUCACACCUGUCCUCUGGCGCAACAGCAGCAGCAGCAGCAGCAGCAGCAGCAACAGCAACAGCAACAGCAACAACAACAACAGCAGCAGCAACAACAGCAACAACAGCAGCAGCCACAACAGCAACAACCACAGCAGCAGCAACAGGCCCCUCCACCGCCGCCACAGCAGCAGCAACAGCCGCCGCCGCCCCAACCACAGCAGCAACAGCAGCAGCAGCAGCAGCAACAACAGCAGCAGCAGCAGUCGCAACAGCAGCCACAGCAACAGCAACAACAACAGCAGCAACAGCAGCAGCAGCAGCAUAGCUACAGCACUCCUGACAACACCCCUACCAACACCCCAGGGUUUAACGAGCACAGCGGGCAUCCCGCGCAGUCUCCGUUCUCAGCAGCCAAUGGGGUGUUUCCGAGGAAGAGUCCUCCAAUCAGCACCCAGAAUCCAAACCAUAUGACCAGUCACGUGACAACACUGCCCUCGUCCAUUGGCCGCCUGACUCUAGGACUGGCCAGUCACUAUGCUCCUUCUCCAAUUCCUGAACAUGAAGAAAUACAAUCACCCGUUAGUUCAGAACUGAUCAGAAGAUUGCAGACCGGUGGCGUCUCUCCUCCGCCCUCCCCCCCACCAGCCGCCUCGCCCGCCCCCUCCAUGGCCCCCGGCCACGGAAGCUCCAGUCCAGGCCUGGGAGGCCUAGCAGGCCUACACCACGCCUUACACGGCUUACACAACCUUCACAAUUUACACAACCUCCAGAACUUCCACAACCUACAACAGAACUUACAGACCCAAAUGGCUGCUUUGGCCGGCCUGCAGGGCGGCCUAGGGGUGCCCAGCGUCAGCUCCCUCCUCCACCCCCACCUGGCGGCGGCGGCGGCGGCCCAGCAGCACCCAGGUGAGAGAGAGAGACAUCAAGACAUCAAGAACUGCUGUGAUGAAUGCAGGAUUCCAUCGCAGCAAGCUGCUACAGCCGCGGCAGCAGCAGCAGCCGCAGCCCCUCCGCCUACCAACAUCAACACCGGCAACAACGGCGCCGGAAACAGCAACAAUAACGCCGCAAAUGUCCCCCAGAUGGUGCUGACAUCCGGUCAUGUCACACAGGGCGUGCAGGGCGCCCAGCUUCUCGUACCGACGUCACAGGGUAUCGCUGUGCAGCCCAUCCUAACCAUUCCCCUGGGACAGCCAGGAGUAGGGAGUUCCUCUCUCAUGAACCCAUUAGUUCCCCUACACCAUCUGCACCAACCUUCUCCGCAUCACCAACACACAGACCAACAACAACAACAACAACAACAACAACAACAACAUCAACAACAACAACAACACCAUCACCACCAUCAUCACCACGUUACACGAAGCGGUGGCCCGAGUCAAGUGUGCGAAGCGAACGAUGCGAACGAAGCCUCGUCGGAACACAAUGAAUCCAAAAGUUUUCCGUUCCGGUUACCAUGGCGAACUUUGAGUUCCGCCGCCUCUUCGCCACUGCCCCCCUCCACUUCUUCGAAUUCUUCGUCCUCCUCGUCCUGCUCAUCCACUUCUGCGGCUCCGCAUCCACUGCUAGGACUGGCUGGCCUCCCCCCUUCUCUCUUCCACCAUGCUCACAAUAACAAUAAUAACAAUAAUAGUAAUAACAACAACAAUAACAACAACAUGGGCAGUCCGGAUAGCAAACCCAAGUUGCCCCUGCCUUUAUCUUCUCCUGUGACUGAUGCGAUAGGAAGCUUAGGUGCCCGCAUGGGAGGCCACUACCCUGGGCCCCCACCUCCUCCCCCUACAGCACGGUACUCUCCAGACUUCUUGGACAAUCAUAACCAGCCAACAAUCAGCCAGUCUACUGGAAAUUUGGUAGACGGUGUAAAUCUAGAUGAAAUAAAGGAAUUUGCUAAGGCCUUUAAAAUCCGCAGACUGUCCAUGGGUCUGACACAGACCCAAGUUGGACAGGCCCUUAGCAUUACAGAAGGCCCAGCUUAUUCCCAAUCAGCCAUCUGCAGGUUUGAAAAACUAGACAUCACGCCAAAAAGUGCACAAAAGAUCAAGCCAGUUCUAGAGCGAUGGAUGCAGGAAGCGGAGGACAGAUAUAAGAAUGGCCAGCACACACUGACAGAAUUCAUGGGUUCAGAGCCAUCAAAGAAGAGGAAGAGGCGCACCAGUUUUACCCCUCAAGCUCUGGAAGUCCUGAACUCUCAUUUUGAGAGGAAUACUCAUCCAUCUGGUGCCGAGAUUACAGCUUUAGCGGAACAACUAGGCUAUGAAAGAGAAGUGGUUCGGAUCUGGUUCUGCAAUAAAAGGCAGGCGCUCAAGAACACCGUCCGAAUGAUGGCAAAGACUAAUCCUAACCAGCAGCCACCACCCCCUCCACCACCACAACACCCACCAUUAACCCACCCACCCACCCACCCUUCCCUUAAUCCGUCACCCCACCCUACUAUGAAUUGAAUGUUCUCAUGUGGUUGUCUGGUGUAAGAUGAAGCUCAUGUGGUGCAAAAUAUCUCCAGUAGCCACAUAUUGUUUAGAGAGAUAGCUUAUGAAAAACAGAGCCUUCAUGAUAUGUCUCACUGAAAAAGACAAUUCAAUCCUUCCUUUAUCUCACCAUUCACCACACUCUGUCUUUAAUGAACUGAUGUACUGAACUAUGUGAUAAUCUAUCUUUUUAUCUGAUGUUAGGCUACAAAAGAGGCUUUAUGGUGUUAGAAAAGCUAUUAAGAUCGGCUUUUGAUAAUAGCCUAUGAAAGUGACAGAAUAUUAUUAAAAAUGUGGCUUCUUAUGCAAAGCCCACAAACCCUUGAUCAGUAGCUAGUGUGUGACAGUGAUGAAGAUUUCUAAGUUUAAAAAGUGUAGGUUGCUUAGGUGUCUUAAGGUUUCUAAAGUGAUACAUAAGAGAAGUGGAAUUACUAGAACGCACCCAUUCCUUUCAGUCCACAGCCUUUUUGUGUGUGUAGGUCUGGAAUUAUGUUGGAGGUGAAGGCUUCUUCCAGUUCUGUGCUUCUGAAUUGAAAAGCACAUGUAACUUAGGAAGGGUCUUAAGGGGUUAGUGCAAAAGUUUCCUAUUUCUCACAGUAAUAGGAGAUGAAUGUGUUUGCCUUCACUGCGCGAUGAAAGAAAAUAACGUUCCUAGAAACACAUUACCCAAAUCGUGGAGGUGUGUGUUUUAAGAGUUAAAAUGCCAUCAGUUUAAGAUAGAAAUGGUGUGAAUGUAAAAUACAUUUUGUUUUAGUGUUUCCUGUGAAAAGGAUUAUUGUGAAGUAUGUGUGUGCUUUACAGAGAUAUAUAGAAGGUCACUUCUGAAAUAUUGCUCGAUUUACAGUCAUGAUUGACAUGGAUCUCUUGCAUUCCUAAAUGUGGUAGGUAGAGCUUGAAGCAGUUGCUUGCAUUUCAAGUUCAAAUUAUGUAUUAAUAAUAAAAUGAUGUACGUUGCAUCAUUUGAAAGACGGUUAUGUUAUACUGUGAAGUGUAACAGUUAUUACUGACACAGUGUGUUAAUCGUAGGAUAUUUAUUCGUCUUUGAGAAAAUCUUUGUCGUUAAUAAUACUUAAGCUUUUGAAAUACUUGCUGUAUCCAUAAACUAUUGAUAAACAAUGAGGUUGCCAUCAUGAACUGCCCCAGGGUCCCUGACCUUGCUAAGUCAUAUCAUAUAGCGUCUAUGCCGCUCUAGCCCCUGGUUAUCUGUGCUAUUUGUAUCUGUGUACUGUAAUGUAGGAGAGAAACUAAGUUGAUCUACGUGCCCAGUUGGCUCGUUCUGGCCGCCAUUGUCUUAGCAAAAGCAGAAACUCCUGUGCCAUUAUGUAUAUGCAUUAUGUUUUAAUCUACUGAGGUGGCAGCUGAGAUUAAUUUCUAAUGUUGAUAGGACCACUACAGUGACUACUACAGUUCAGUGUUAUGUUUCUUUACUAAUGUUUCUUCAGCAAGUACAAUGACUUUCAGAAAUGUUUGACGCAUAUCAUGUUGAUGCUGAAGUGGUCCUCAUCCUAACUCUAUUCGUCCUGUUGGGGUCACGCCAUGUACUAAAGAAGAAAUAAAUAAAUAAAUGACAUGCGGUAGCACCCUUGACGAGUGGGGUCUUUAAUCAUUAUUUUGUUUGUUACUACAUAUAUAUUUAACACAAGAACUUAUUACUGGUAAAAAGUUAUUAAUUUACAAUAAGUUUUAUUGUUUGUUUAUUGUCACUUUUUAAUUUUUUAUAGUUUGUAUAUUCAUACAGAUUGGAAGUUGUUUGUACGUAGUACUAAAUAUAUCAGAUAUUCAGUAUAAUUUUCAAAAUUAUAUAUAUUAUGUUCAAAUAUGUAUCUUAUGUAAAUAUCUGAAAUAGCUCAAUAGUCACUGAAUGAUAUACGUAUUCUUUUGAGAUUCUCCAAAUCGGAACACUUUUUCAAUACAGUACUGUAUUUAGUUUGUAGACAAUGCUCGAGUGCAUUUUACAAUAUUCUUACGAAUGGAGUUGAGCAUAACCUAGUCAUUUCCAGUGAAAUAAUUUAUACACAGCAGUUCAUAGCCAUCAGAUACUGUAUUAGUUCAUGUCUCAUCAAGCAGUUUGUUUCAAAACUUCAUUUCUUUUAUAUUUUAGAUACUAAAUAAUCCACGUGUGCUCUUAAAAUAAAGUAUACACGAAGUGUCCAGUAUAUUUCCUGAUUAGACUGCAGUCUACUGAUUUAUGGACUUAGUUUAUUUUUGCUUAUCUAUUUUUUCGUUCUUAUUCUGUGAUAUUUAUUUUGUGCCAAUAGUUGAAGUGGUGAGGCAAUGUGCCGCUUUGGACAGUUCUAAAAUAUUCCAGCCUAGUAGCUGCUGCUUGUGUGUACUGUGUAGCCGAGAUGAGGUCCCCAGUGACCUGUUUAUGCAUCUAAUACUGUACAGUUGAUGUAGGUAUAUGUACUUUCCUUUAUGUCCAAGACAUAAUGCUGCAUUUGCUAAUCAAAAUGAAGCUACUUCUACCAAUGUGGCAUAAGGUAUCUAUGAGUGAUGUGGUAACUUUUUUUUUUAUAUAAAUAUAUAUUUACCACUGAUAUAUAGACUAACCACUGAUACAUUGAGCCCAUCCCUGGGGUUACACUAACUCUCCUGUUGUGAUGUAAUGAUUCUUUAUUGUACUAAAGUUUAUCUGAUCUCCUGUUGUGGUAUGCUGAUCUUAAUAAACAAUCUGUCACAUUAGGUCAUCUAGUCUGGCUGAGUUUAUCUCCCAUUCUGAUAAAAAUGUAUUGCCAUAGAUUCAACAUGAUACCCUAAAACUAGAUGGGUAUUACCUACUGUUAAAAGUAAGUGCAGCUUAACAAUAUUAUUAGUAACAUGGUGCAUUUUACAGUAUGAUAGAUAUUUUAAAGUUUGUUACAAGUGUACAAUUUCAUAUCUGAUAUAGGUUUACAGUCACCUGCUUGAUAUACUGAUAACUGGAGUUUAAGUGAGUGGUCUUGUGCACCUGAGACAGUAGAAUAAUUUUACAUUAGCAUUAUAAGUCACAAGUGGUGUGUUGAUGAAAGAUUUAGUUGUUUUUGAUCCCCAAGUGAUAUUUUUUACAAAAAAACUUAUCAAAGAAUAAAUAAAAAAGUGCCCUGCCCCAUUAAUGUUGCCUUGAGCUAAUUAGUGUAACAAUAACAUGCAACAAGUUGAGAGAGAAAAAGAAACCGGGCAUAAUGAUGUCCGGUUAUUGAAUUUUAAAAAAUUAUCUUUUUUCCUGAUACAGCAACUAAAGAAUUCAACUUGCCGAGGUGCAGUGCUUAUUACUUGUAAUGUACCUAUAUUUCCUUAAAAAAAAAAUGUCCAGCAAUUUGUAGAAUGAAUAGCUUUAAGGUUUUGAGUUUGUACACUCAGUAUGUAACAUGAGACUUUUAGGUGUAUAUUGUUAACUGUAUGACUUAUGAUUGAUUAUUUAUAACACUAUCAUUAUGGGAAGAUGAAUUUGCCUGACUAGUGUGUGCGUCUAAGCACUGAUUUGAUAAGAAACAUUUUUCCUUUUGAACAACACGAAGAAUCACUAAGCUAACCUAUUAAGGAAGAAGUGGCUUCGCUUCACUGAUAUGGAAGUUACAAACUUCCAAAAAUUGUACAAAUAUUUGUAAGGUUAACAAAAAAAAUAACAUACUCCAGUACUGCUUUGCUGAAACCACCACUAAGUCAGACUCCAUACUAGGUAUGUAUUCAAAAUUAUGGAUGUCAACACCUAUUUCUUAACUGAUGUAGUUGACUAGAUUGUGAUAAAUGCUUAGCAGGACUGGAAUUUGCAGAAAUACUCACGGUUCCCAGAUUAACAUGUUUUGGUUGACAUUGUUGACAUAAAUAUCCGUAUCAUAACACCCCUGUGAUGGUAACCCUACAGUACUCUAAUGCUGCUGUUUAUAUAACUUGUACAACUGUUCUGUUCUAGCAAUGAUGUGUGGUCAAACAUUAUUCUGGCAGUAAUUACAAUUACUUUUAAGUUCUACCUUAGUGUGUUGAUAUAUCAAUAGAUUUAGGAGUACCAUGUUCUGUAUAUUCCCAUCCCUUUUUGACAAUAAACUUGUGAUUGCUACAAAAAUAAAAUUUUCCAAUAUUUUUGCCACCUUUUAAACCAAGACAAUAAUGAUAUCUCUUUUGAUUUGUAUUUUGACAUCUCUGACAAUUCUAUAUGGAGAGAACAGUUGCAUCUGUGAGUAUAAAAUGACAAGUUCCUAACAUCACAAAGUAAGUGCCCAUUGGAUCUGCUUUGGAGCUCUCCCAGAAUCAGACACAGAGGUUCCUUUAGAGAGUUGCCUUUGAUGAUAUUUUGCCAACUAAAAAGGGUGAUAAUGGUUAUGUUUUUAGUCUGAUGUGUAAACUAAUAUAUUUGAUAAGAUUAACUCCGAAUAGGAUCUCGCAUGGGCACUAUAAAACCAUCUUCUUAUGGAAAUGUGUGUAUGUAUCUCUUCCAAUUUUAAAUUUGCGUAAUAAAACAUCGACUCCUUUCUC